AUGUUUGCUCGAUCUGCACUCCGCGCCAAAACGGCCACUUCCCUCGUCGCCCGCCGCGGCUUCCAUGCUACCCGGCCUCAGUUCGGCAGUCCGUUCCACUACCCUGAGGGUCCGCGCAGCAGCAUUCCAUUCAAUCCUCUCACAAAGCACUUCUUCUGGAGAUACUGGGGCUUUAUGGGCGUCGGUUUCUUCAUGCCCUUCGGAAUUGCUGUCUGGCAAACAAUGAAGUCCCAAUAA